UACUGAAUAUAGUAAGUAUGUGGAGCACCCACCAGCUAUAAAGGUCUCUACUUGAAGAUACUCUAAAUGAAACUGCUUACUAAUAGAAUAUGAGUGACAUCAUGUCAUUUCCCAACAAAUCCAAGAUCAAACUUUUAACUGCUUAGACACGUGACUGUAGAUCUUAAGUGCAGUGGACUUUGUGUAUGUAUGUAUGUAUGUAUGUAUGUAUGUAUCUAUCUAUGAUAACUGGAAAGGGAAUGUGAAGGUAUAUAAAAAUAUAUGUUUUAGGCCCAUAUGUGAGAAUUGCAGAGGUAAAACAACCAUGCAUAAAACUUUUAAAGCAACACAAUAGAAUAAUAUGAUUUUAGAGUUAGAAGGAUUUUUUCAGAGAGAAAUCAAGACCACAGUGUUAGCUAGUAUUUUGAAAUACAAACUUAAUAGUAGCAGUUAAACACAAAUGUUACGGAGACUAAAAGGAAUGGGACCAUCUAAAACCUAGAAGGCCAAUCCAGGGAGGCGUCUGGGAGGAAGUGAGUUCUGAUGACUAUGUAUGAACAGAGAGAUGAGAGGAGAGUAUUGCAGGUAAGAUUAAGAAUUUAUCAGUGCUCUCCAGCCAGAGGCCACCAGGAAUUACCCGUGGUUGAACAGGUUGGGUUUGCAACUCGUUUCAGCAAGGGAGAAGGUAUACCAUAGGGAGAUACGGGGCGUCUCAGUAAGAGGGUGUUAGAAAUUAAUUAUAAGAUUUUAAGAUUUGAGCUUGUGUUAUGUGAUUUGGGAGAAGGUUUAAAGAAGCAGGGCUUUGCUCUGGAUUGAAGCAGGGAUAAUCCUAUGACUUUGUAUCUUAAUAAAUCUUAUCAGAAGGAGACAAGACGAGAGAGGCUAAUACUAUUAUUGGCAAGGAAGUAGCAGUUACUCAUUAGCCAGAUUAGAGGGAUAUUGGUCAUUUUGGACAAUAUCCAUGUUUUUGUUUGUGUUCAGAUAUGAUUACAGAAUGGCCUUGUUCCUGUCCUGCACCGUCAUGGUCACAGACUGGCUUGUCUGGUGUUGACGUUCUGUGAAAUUGUUUCCAUCGACAGGAGCACAUCGGGGCCUGGUUGUAAGCGCCAGGCCAGCUCCUGGAUGUCGGGGGUGGCUCUGCUCUUUCAUAAACUGGAAAUUAUAUCCCAAUGUGUUUCUGAUUCCAUACACCAACCAAGAUUUCCCUUACAAGAGGGUCCUGUUAUGGAAUGUUUCUCUUGGGGGUUAUUGAGUGGAUUUUCUUCCUAUAUUGUAAGGGUUUGUUUAACAACAUUGAUUAAAUGCCACUGUUUACUAGGGGCUCAGCUAGAUUCUGUGGGUGUCAGGAUGACAAGGGUCUCAAGAAUUUCAUAAUCUAAUGGAGCCAGAAGUAAAUGAGUGAUUACAGGACAUUGAAAUAAAGCUGGCAGAGAUAACCAGAAUCGGUAAAGAAUAUUAGAGGCUCCUGCGAUGAAGGGAAUGCUGAGAAGGAGCAGGCUGUUUUGCAAAUAGUAAGCUAAUUACAGAGGUGCCAAUAGGUUGGCAGCUGCUAAGGAAUAUUUUCCUUUUUGAGAAUCAGCAUCUUUGGGCUGAAGUGCAGGGUGAAUCCAAGGAAUCUCAGUGUUCUCUCUCUGAGAUUUAGGCACAGGAGAGGCACAAAUUUGGGCUCACUUGGCAAGCCACAUAUCAGAUCUGCUGUGUGAACACACCUGUGCCAGUAUUUGUAAUACGGUCGAGUUACUUAGCAUUUCUUAAGAGAUGUUAUUAUUUCUAAUCAUAAAAGCAACAGAUGCUCCCAACGAAAACUUUGGAAAAUGCAUUAAGUAUAAAAAAUCAGGGAGAAAAUUUGCCUAUGACCCCAAAGCACCCAUCAUAUUUUGGCAUUUUCUUCUUCAUUUUUAACAAAUUGUUUCCAUAGUUAAUAACAUGUUACAACCUGCUCUCUUUGCUUAACCUUAUGUCCAAGACAUUUGCCGACUUCUAGGCAAGCUUAAUUCAUGUCUGCAUAAUAUUUGAUUGUGUGGACACACCACAAUUUAUUAACUGCUCUUAAAAUUGGACCUUUAGGUGAUUUCCAAAUAUCUGGCAUUAUAAAUGGCAUUUUGAUGAAAUCUUUGUUCACAUUUCAGAUUACUUCUCUAAGCGAGAUCUGUGGAAGAGAUUAAUUCCUGGGUCAAAAGGUAUGAAUACUGAGCUAUGAUAGCAACCGGUGGAGUGAUAACUGGCCUGGCCGCCUUGAAAAGGCAAGACUCUGCCAGAUCACAACAUCACGUCAACCUCAGCCCAUCACCUACUGCCCAAGAGAAGAAACCAGUCAGGCGUCGGCCACAGGCCGAUGUCGUAGUCGUUCGAGGCAAAAUCCGGCUUUAUUCCCCAUCUGGUUUUUUUCUCAUUCUGGGAGUGCUUAUCUCCAUUGUAGGAAUCGCAAUGGCGGUCCUCGGCUAUUGGCCCCAGAAAGAACAUUUUAUUGAUGCUGAGACGACACUGUCGACUAACGAAACUCAGGUCAUUCGGAACCAAGGCGGCGUGGUGGUUCGCUUCUUUGAGCAACAUUUGCAUUCUGACAAAAUGAAAAUGCUCGGCCCUUUCACAAUGGGGAUUGGCAUCUUCAUUUUCAUUUGUGCAAAUGCCAUUCUUCAUGAGAACCGUGACAAAGAAACCAAAAUCAUACACAUGAGGGAUAUCUAUUCCACAGUCAUCGACAUCCACACGCUAAGAAUCAAGGAGCAAAAGCAUAUGAAUGGUAUCUACACCGGUUUGAUGGGAGAAACAGAAGUAAAACAGAAUGGGAGCUCCUGUGCCUCGAGGCUGGCAGCAAAUACCAUUGCCCCUUUCUCAGGUUUUAGGAGCAGUUUUCGCAUGGACAGCUCUGUCGAGGAGGAUGAGCUGGCGCUAAACGAAAAUAAGAGUUUGGGGCAUCUUAUACCACCUUUGCUUGCUGACAGCUCUCUGUCUGUCUUUGGCCUCUAUCCACCUCCUUCCAAAACCACUGAUGAUAAGACCAGCGGCCCUAAGAAAUGUGAAACCAAAUCAAUUGUGUCAUCGUCCAUCAGCGCUUUUACAUUGCCUGUGAUCAAACUGAAUAACUGUGUUAUUGAUGAGCCCAGUAUAGAUAACAUCACCGAGGAUGCUGAGAACCUCAAAAGUAGGUCAAGGAAUUUGUCGAUGGAUUCCCUUGUGGUCCCUUUGCCCAACGCCAAUGAGUCCUUCCAGCCAGUCAGCAUGGUGCUCCCCAGGAAUCAUUCCAUCGGGGAGUCUCUGUCGAGCCAGUACAAGUCCUCUGUGGCCCUUGGGCCUGGGGCUGGACAGCUCUUAUCUCCUGGGGCUGCUAGAAGACAAUUUGGGUCCAACACAUCUUUACAUUUGCUCUCGUCACAUUCAAAAUCCUUAGACUUAGACCGGGGUCCCUCCACCCUAACUGUCCAGGCAGAACAACGAAAACACCCAAGUUGGCCUCGGUUGGAUCGGAGCAACAGCAAAGGAUAUAUGAAACUAGAGAAUAAAGAGGACCCGAUGGAGAGGCUGCUUGUACCCCAAGCUGCAAUCAAAAAAGACUUUACCAAUAAGGAGAAGCUUCUUAUGAUUUCAAGGUCUCACAAUAAUUUGAGUUUUGAACAUGAUGAGUUUUUGAGUAACAACCUAAAGCGGGGAACUUCUGAAACGAGAUUUUAAUGUUCAGAAAUAUAUCAUUUUACAAGGCUACAUAUUUUAAAACAAUUUUCACCAGUGUUUCCUUGUUAAAGUAUUGGUUAAAAGCCCUUUUAAUCAAAUGAUGUGUAGUGUUAGACCUGGCUGUUUAUACUGGAGAUGGUUAUAUGUUUGGGUUACAUAUGAUUGCAGCACUUUAUAUUAUCACAAAUGAUUUUACAUUUUCCAUUCCUUUGAAAAGAUUAUCUCUUUUAUUAAUAUGAAUACAGAACACUUCCAUCUGAAUUAAAGCUCGCAUUCCUUACUUUCAAGUUCUUUCAUUGAUGGUCAUAUACAUAGAAUGAAGUGUCCAGUUUGGAAGAGGUAAGGUACCAAAGUGUGGACUAGAAGUACCAAAUUUAGGGCCAAGAUUCAA